AGCUUUCAUCAUAGAAGUUAUAUAAAGUUAAAUAAACAGUGGUUUCGUUAAGCUAAUUGUUUACUAACGCUAUUUUUACUGACGUCUCCUCUGCACAAAAUACCUUUUUAUUGGGUCUAAAUAUAGAUUUUGCCUGGUUUAGUUAAAUCAAGCCAUUCGAAGACAGUAUGCCAGAGGACUUGCAUGCAGUAGGUUUUGAAGUUCACCUUUUACCCUGAAGUGAGAGGCUUGUGCUAGUUAGAAAAAUCAAUACGAAUACGAAUAUAUAACUAUUGACAAAUAGAUAACAGAGAAAUGUUUUAAUAAAAGUGGUUGAGGAUGAGACCCCGCAUAUCUCCCAUGCUGUCCCUCUCUCUUCCCCUCUGUUGUAUGCUGCCCCUGGUAUCUGGUACUCGCUGCUAUAUUCAACCUAUACCUGAUAAACGCUUUUCCGUAGAGUGUGGUGAAUCUUCCUCCUGUAUUAAGAUAUCCCAGCCACCCUACCUCUUUAAUCAGUAUGGAGAGUUUCUGGCUCCUGACAGGCGUCCAGGAUUCUCAACUCUUUUCAGAGGCUGUUUUGUAAUUGAUAUGCACAUGGAUUUGUGCUUUACCUCUAAAGAUGGACUAGAAUACUGUUGGUGCUCCUCUAAAGAUCUGUGUAACGAUGCCACAAUAUCACGAUCAUUCCUCCACCUCUUCAGUGCACUUCUCCUUAGUAUUAUGUUUAUAUAAAGAUGAAAACAAUGGAAAAUUUCUAUACAAUGUCAUGUACCGUGUCUUACAAUGUUUAAAACCAUUGCAUGUAUGUAUACCGAAAAUAAAUAUCUAUAU